AUGGCCAUGGCCAUCGUCCUCCUCGCCACGCUCUCGGCCUCCCACACCGCGUCAUGCCUGUUCCUCUGCUCGCUGCCCGUCUCCGCCGCCACGUGGGCCGUCCUCACAGUCAACGGCUUCAGCAAGGGAAGGGAGGGCGGCCUCCCGUCCAAGUGCGACGGCGCGUACCACGACGACUCGGAGAUGGUCGUCGCGCUCUCCACCGGCUGGUUCAGCGGCAUGUCCCACUACGGCCGCAGCAUCAAGAUCACCGCGAAGGGUGGCAGCUCCGUGUAUGCCAAGGUGGUGGACGAGUGCGACUCUGUCCACGGUUGCGACGCUGAGCACAACUACGAGGAGCCAUGCGCCUACAACGUCGUCGACGCCUCGCCGGCGGUGUGGGACGCCCUGGGCCUCGACCAGAACAUCGGUUUGCAGGAUGUCACCUGGUCUGAUGAGUAA